UUUUUUUUUUAAUUUUUCCAAAUUUUGAAGAUGGUACUGCAAAGGGCAGGGGAUACCAACUAUGGGACAUAGGUGGUUCCAAUGUUACGUCUCGAACAGAGGCUGUUACAGAAGAAAUCGUGAAUUAUAAUGUGCUGAAUACUGUAUACAAUGGGUACUACAGUGGCAAAUGCCAAACGACAUAUAUUUUUGACUGGUCCACCAGGUAUUCCGCUGAAGCAUAUAGCGUUUCCCGGAGAGGAAAUUCAUAUGUAUUACAUUUCAUGUAUAGGCAAAACAACACUGGUGCAGAAAGUGUGCAACUUGCUACAAAAUGCAGGCAUUUCUUCAAGCGGAUUUUUCACUGAAGAGUUACGAAGUGGUGGAACACGUGUUGGCUUUGAUGUUGUCACUCUGGAUGGAAAACGAGGGACCCUUGCUAGAUUGUUGCAGGCUAGCUCCAGAGAAGAAUCACACCAUGUAGUUGGGCAGUAUGGAGUAACACUGAAGUCAUUUGAAUCAUUUGCUCUGCCAGUGUUUUCAACACAGGCACACAUGGGAGGCAUCUUGGUGCUGGAUGAGAUUGGUCGUAUGGAGUUAAUGAGUGAUCGGUUCAAGCAGGAAGUGAAGAAAGCAUUCAGCAAUCCUUCCAUUACAAUACUGGCAACCAUUCCAGUGAAGCCUGCACCCUUCACUAAAAGUCUAAGCCAAAGCCCCAACACCCUUGUUCUUGUGGUCGCCAAGAGCAACAGGGACAACCUCGUUGAUCAGGUGUUUGACAUGCUGACCAAAACAUAAGUUUUUGUUGUGGCCUAUUAUCUGGGCUGUGGUUUGCAAUAGUAUUAAAAUCAUUAUGCCAAUAUACAUUACAAAACCUUCACCCCAUAGUCAGUCCUCGUUCACUCAGGUAAUUAGGUGAAGGAAUGUCUUGUUCAUUCUAUGUGGAACAAGUUUCAAAAGAGAACAUAAUUGUAAAUGCACUGAACUAAACGAGCACUCUCUGUACACAAUUCAUCACGCUUACAAAACCUGAGGAUUAAAUGAACAAUAAAAAAGUAUAAAACACA